AUGUCGACCUCUGCUGUCGUACUCGCCGCGCCUAAGGCGGCAGCGCCCAAGAAGAAGGUUGCCGUGCGCCGUGGCCAAGCCACGGGCGAGCGCCGCACAGGCGGCCUGCGUAAGGGUGGCGUCGACUCGGCGAGUCAGCUGUCCAAGUCGUCGCCCCACUACCGCCCGGUGCCCGACCUAAGCGACAUAUCGACGCUGGACUCGGCGGCUAUUCUGCAGAGCCCGCCCGGCGAGCCGCUCGCGUGGUCGAAGCGCGCUCAAGCGGCAUUCCAGGCGUUUGGUAUGCCCCGUGAGCUACAGCGCAAGCAGUCCUUGCAGCCGCGUCCGCGCUCGAUGGUGCGUGCGACGACCGCCGAGCUCGUUCGCAGGCUGGAGCAGCACGAUGCUGCCCCGCGUCACCUGCUGAUCGGGGAGCCGGGCUGCGGCAAGUCGACGUACCUGCUCCAGGCUGUCGCACACGCGGUCGAGUCAGAGUGGGCCGUGCUGUAUGUGCCGCGUGCCAUCGACCUCAUCAACUCGUCCGCGCCGUAUGCGUACUCCCAGGCCCUUGCCACGUAUCUGCAGCCGACCCUCGCACACGGCCUGCUCGAGGCUCUCCUCCGCGUCAAUGCCGCAGUACUCCCGCGCAUCGCCGGCACGGCCGUACAGCUAGACGAUACGCUCUCGUUCCCUGACAAGACGCCGCUCGAUCAAGUGCUGAAGGCCGCUACGAAGGACGGCGCGAGCCCCGUGGUGCAGCAGCGCGCACUCGAACAUGCUCUCCGCGUGCUCACGACGCAGACGGAGGUGCCGUUCCUCGCGGCCAUUGACGACGUGCAGGCGCUCUUCCGCGAGUCCCUGUACCGUGACCCUGACUACGUGCCGCUCCAAGCUUUUGAGCUGGCCAUUCCCCGCGCGCUCCUGUCCCUUGUGGUUGCUGCGCCGCAAAGUGUCCAGCGCGGCGCUGUGCUCGCCACAAUGAGCUCAGCGCACGCCAGCUUCCCGCCUUCGGCGGAGCUGCUGACGGCGCUGCGCCGCGGCGCCAUGCAGCCCGGCGCCCCAGUGCCGUGGGAGCGGCUGCUCGCGACGGUGACGUGCAGGAGCGCAGCGACGCGCGUGCCUGAGCCGCACGCUUACACCCCGCUCCAGGAUACCCACCUCGCGCAUGCGACGGCGUCGAACUUUGUGCCUAUGGACGUGGGCCGCCCGUUGGACCGCGCUGAAGCUGCGUCGCUCCUUCAGCUCAUGCACCGCGAGCAGUCAAUCUGGACGGUACCGAACGAUGAGGCGCUGGUUGCGAAGCUCGUCGAGAGCGACGGCAACAUGAAGGCGUUCGAGCGUAGCUGGCGUUCCACUCUCCUAUAG